AUGUCAGAAUCCAGGCUCUACACUUUCUCGCAAGAGACCAAAGAGCAACUCCGCAAGUUCCGCCUGGGCACUUCUCGGGCAAAAACCCCUCUAGCGAAAAUAUAUCAAAUCGACGUCAAAACCCAAGAAAUCAAACCCUCGUCCGACGAAACAUACUCGGACCUCCAAGAACUGGCCGAUGACCUGCCAGACUCAUCACCCCGCUUCGUGCUCCUGAGCUAUCCGUUGACAUUGCCUUCCGGCCGUCUCUCGGUCCCAUAUGUCCUGAUCUACUAUCUCCCCGUCAACAGCAAUCCUAACCUGCGCAUGAGCUACGCUGGUGCGGUCGAGCUGUUCCGUGGUACCGCCGAGGUUAAUCGUGUCUUGGAGGUUAGUGAGGCUGAGGAUGUCGUGGGUAUAGAGAGUCAGUUGAAAGGUGAGGAUUAG